UGAGUUCGCUUCCAUAUGGAUCCCAGGUUUCCUGGGUUAAUAAUUUACUCUAAUCUAAACUGUGAACGAAAAGCAAGUCCUAAUGACCCUGACAAGAUUCCCACGAUCCUAAUUUCAAAGAUGCAUGUUCUACUCUUUGUAGCUUUGCUGGGACCUCUCGUUCACGGUCACCCGACUAACCGAAUUAUUGGAGGAGAGAAUUGCGUGGCUCACUCCCAGCCGUGGCAGUCCUCGAUUCUUUACUUUUCAGAGCAUGUUUGUGGUGGGACUCUAAUCGAUAGUAACUGGGUUUUGACGGCUGCACAUUGCAAUCUGCCGAGCCUACAGGUUCGUCUUGGAGAGCAUAAUCUGUUGGUUUAUGAAGAAAGAGAACAAUUUAACUAUGCUGGAAAGAUAUGUCCUCAUAAAGACUUUAAUAGUGACACCUACGAAAAUGAUAUCAUGCUUCUUAAACUGGCAACUCCAGCCAAUCUCAAUGCAUACGUCCAGACAAUUCCCCUGGCAUCCUCUGACGUUCAACAAAAUACCAAGUGCCUUGUCUCUGGCUGGGGUACGACUAGCAGUCCAACAGCCACGUUUCCUGAUAUUCUGCAAUGCGUGAACGUGCAAAGUGUUUCUACAGCCACUUGUCAACAAGCCUACCCUGAUGAUGUGAUAAACGAUAACAUGCUGUGCGCAGGAGUUGAGGAAGGAGGAAAAGAUUCGUGUCAGGGAGACUCUGGUGGACCUCUGGUGUGUAAUUCCCAACUUCAUGGCAUCACUUCCUGGGGGAACGUUCCAUGUGCCGUGGCAGGAAAGCCAGGAGUUUAUACUAACGUUUCCAAAUAUCUGAAGUGGAUUCAGGACACCAUUCGGAAUGGAGAUUGUAUUUGAUUCUUAAUUACCAUCUUAUCUCUCUGUGUAUAAUCUGUUUUAAU